AUGGUGAAAAUGCGGUGGUGUAUAUUAGCUCUUGCGUGUGUGCUCGCGGCGGUUUACGCCGACGAGAAGAAGGAGAAAGACAAAGACAUUGGCACCGUCAUCGGUAUUGACUUGGGAACCACGUACUCAUGCGUGGGUGUAUAUAAGAAUGGACGUGUUGAAAUCAUUGCCAACGACCAGGGUAACCGUAUCACACCAUCGUACGUAGCGUUCACAGCCGACGGAGAGCGUCUUAUUGGAGAUGCUGCCAAAAAUCAGCUGACGACGAACCCUGAAAACACAGUCUUCGACGCCAAGCGUCUUAUUGGUCGUGAAUGGAGUGACAGCACUGUCCAACACGAUGUUAAGUUCUUCCCCUUCAAGGUUGUUGAAAAGAACAGCAAACCUCAUGUCUCCGUUAUGACCGCUCAAGGUGACAAAAUUUUCGCUCCUGAAGAAAUCUCCGCUAUGGUACUCACCAAAAUGAAGGAAACCGCUGAGGCUUACCUCGGUAAGAAGGUCACCCACGCCGUCGUUACAGUCCCAGCUUACUUCAACGACGCCCAGCGUCAAGCCACCAAAGACGCCGGUGUCAUCGCAGGACUUAACGUUAUGAGAAUCAUCAACGAACCCACGGCAGCCGCCAUCGCUUACGGUCUUGACAAGAAAGAAGGUGAAAAGAAUGUAUUGGUAUUUGACUUGGGUGGUGGUACCUUCGACGUGUCUCUUCUUACCAUCGACAACGGUGUAUUCGAAGUAGUCGCUACCAAUGGUGACACUCACUUGGGAGGUGAGGACUUUGACCAGAGAGUUAUGGAGCACUUCAUCAAACUGUACAAGAAGAAGAAGGGUAAGGACAUCAGAAAGGACAACCGUGCGGUACAGAAGCUGCGUCGUGAGGUCGAAAAGGCGAAGAGAGCUUUGUCUUCAAGCCACCAAGUCAAAAUCGAAAUCGAGUCCUUCUUCGAAGGUGAAGACUUCUCUGAGACUCUUACCAGGGCUAAAUUCGAGGAAUUGAACAUGGACCUAUUCAGAUCUACCCUUAAACCUGUCCAAAAGGUAUUGGAAGACGCUGACAUGAACAAGAAAGACGUCGAUGAGAUCGUGUUGGUCGGUGGAUCUACUCGUAUUCCUAAGGUACAACAGCUGGUAAAAGAAUUCUUCAAUGGCAAGGAACCUUCCCGAGGUAUCAACCCUGAUGAAGCCGUCGCCUAUGGUGCCGCCGUCCAAGCCGGAGUACUCAGCGGUGAACAGGACACUGACGCUAUCGUUCUUCUGGACGUCAACCCUCUGACCAUGGGUAUCGAGACUGUCGGUGGAGUCAUGACCAAGCUCAUUCCUCGCAACACUGUCAUCCCAACCAAGAAAUCACAGAUCUUCUCUACAGCCAGCGACAACCAGCACACAGUCACUAUUCAAGUAUAUGAGGGUGAGCGUCCCAUGACUAAGGAUAACCACCUGCUUGGAAAGUUCGACCUUACCGGUAUUCCACCCGCGCCCAGAGGUAUCCCACAAAUUGAGGUCACAUUCGAGAUUGACGCCAACGGUAUCCUUCAAGUAUCUGCCGAAGACAAGGGUACAGGAAACAGGGAAAAGAUUGUCAUCACCAACGACCAGAACAGACUGACACCUGAAGAUAUCGAGAGAAUGAUCAAGGACGCUGAGAAGUUCGCAGACGAUGACAAGAAACUGAAGGAGAGGGUUGAGUCGAGAAACGAAUUGGAGAGUUACGCUUACUCCAUCAAGAACCAACUUCAGGACAAGGAGAAGCUGGGCUCCAAGCUGUCUGACGAUGAGAAGAGCAAGAUGGAAGAGGCCAUCGACGCUUCCAUCAAAUGGCUCGAAGACAACCAGGACGCUGACGCCGAGGACUACAAGAAACAGAAGAAAUCACUUGAAGAUGUCGUCCAGCCAAUCAUCGCCAAGCUGUACCAAGGACAGGGCGGAGUCCCUCCUCAGGGCGCCGGCGGCGAAGACGAAGACUUCAAAGAUGAAUUGUAA